AUGGCCAAGGGUAAAGAUGUGCGAAUACCGGUUCUUUUGGAAUGUACCGCUUGUGUUCGAAACGGUGUUAAUGUUAAUAAGGCAUCAACGGGCAUUUCCAGAUAUAUUACUCAAAAGAACCGGCACAAUACGCCUAAUCGAUUGGAGUUGCGAAAAUUCUGUCCAUAUUGUUACAAACAUACGAUUCACGGGGAGGUAAAGAAAUAG